AUGCCUGCACCGUUCCGCGAUACUAUGACAAUGGAGACCGUCCAGCAGCAGAAACAAAUCUACGCGCGACAGCUCGCGGCGUACACCCGUCAGCAGUUCCACGCGGUUCGUAAAGCUGCAAAUCACGACUCUGAGAACGGCGACCACAGACGAGACGAGCGCAGUAGAAGAGGAGACAGGAGCCGCGGUCGCUCGCCGCUCAGAAACGAGAACGAGACUGGUCAGACAACGAGAGGUGUCAUUGCGAAGGAUUACGCAGUAGUACAUGGAGAUAACCACGACAGGAGGUAG